AUACGAAUCCAAAUCGUUUCAGUUUGAAUUUCAUCUUCAAAGUGUAAAGUUCUGUGCAAAUAUGGAAGAACUGGACGUCAACAAUCUUUGUGAUUUUUUGAAGAACAACGGUUUUAGUGAGCACACUUUAAAUAAAAUCAAAGAUGAUUUGAAGGCUCUACUGUUUUUACCUGAGAUGCUGCCCACGACAAAUUUCACAAAAAAGGGAAUCAAAAGAGCCCGAAUUGAGGAAACUAUUCUGAAUAGAACAUCAGGUUUUGAGAUUCCCAAAAAAGAUCUCAUACGAUUUGUUAAAAGCGAAAUAAACGUCGAGGAGUUGAUUGAACAAGUUUCAAAAACAACUCAAGGCAGGAACCAGCCUUACAUCUUAUGUCUUCAAUCGGAGGCUGGAGAUAAAUCUUUUUUUAUUGCCGACAGCCACAAAAUUGAAAUAGCCGACAAUGGAUCUCCACUAGCAGUGUUUGACAUACUUUUUAAAAUGCAUUAUGUCAUGAAUGUUUGUUACGCGAAUUCACUGAAAUUUUUUUAUAAUUUCAUGGAAGUAUAUUUGUAUAAAGUGCCUAAGACAAAGGCAGAAAAUUCAGUAAUGACUUUAAAUAUUUUACUUGCUAAUAUCGAAUAA